CUCAGUGCAAUCCUUCUACAGACGCUUUCCAGUUUUCACUAUCCGCCGCAUACUUUUCAUAGCACCUUUUCGUGAACUUUAACUACUGGCCUCGUGACCCACCAUGGCAAGUCUAGAGCAAGUGAUCUCGGAGACAUUGUCCCCAAAUGCUGACCUCCGCAAAAACGGUGAGUGGACGCGGUUCAUUGAUUCGUGAUAUCGUUUCGUGCAUGUCGUACCGGUCCUUCGUUGUUCGCGCCCCUUCCGUUUACUAAUUUCGUUUCGUCAUAAUGCCGCUCCCUUGUUCGGUCUCCUUCAAUGAAAUGAAAUGCCAUGUUGUGGUCUGGUCUGGUGACGAAUCUGAUUUUAAAAAUCUCUCGGAAUCGAAAUUAAUUGUCGGUGUGUGCCUAUUGCUUUUUUAUUAUACUUCAGCCGAGAAAGUCUUGACGGACUCCUCCAAACAGCAAGGGUUUCUCUUGCAGCUGCUUCAACUAGUCGACAAUGCAAGCGCUAACGCGACGAUUCGGCAGGCCGCUGCCGUAUUUUAUAAAAACACUGUAAAGACAGCAUGGGACGAGUCGAAAGACCUUGAAGAACGAAAAAACAUUGUCAUCUCGCAACAAGACCGCGUUACGAUCAAAACAAAUUUGGUCGAGCUUAUGUGUACUGUUCCCCCACAAAUCCAAGCGCAAAUCUCAGAAGCGAUCAGCAUCAUUGCCGAGGUCGACUACCCCGAGAAGUGGGACGAUCUGUUGCCAAAACUCGUUGCAAAAUUCAAUUCUCCCGACCCAAGUGUAGUUAAUGGAGUUUUGAAGACAGCCGAUUCAAUCUUUAGGAGAUUUUGUGACGUUAAUAGAAGCGAUGCCCUCUACAAGGUUAUUAUUUACACGCUAAACCAUAUUCAGGAACCUCUGCUGAAACUUUUGAUGCAAACCGCAACCCAAGCAGAUGCGUGUGCCAAUGAUCCAGUUCAGCUCAACGCAAAGAUGGAGACCUUGAGGCUUAUAACUCGCAUACUAUUUUCGCUAGUCUACCAAGACCUUCCAGAAUUUUAUGAGGACAAUAUGGCGACCGUUAUGGGGGUUCUAAAGAAAUAUUUGGAAUACAACAAUCCGGUAUUGGUCGACAACGACGAAGAAGAUGAACAAGGGCCAAUCGAUAAAUUACAGUCCGCCAUUAUCGAUAUUCUGAAGCUGUUUGUUACCCGAGAUGAGGAGCCUUUUCAACCGUUCAUACCAGAGUUUACUACCCUCGUCUGGAAUUUGUUGAUCAGUAAGACAACGCUGCCGAAACACGAUCAGGUGGUGGUUAUGAGCAUGAAGUACCUCAAUAUCUUGGUUGGACGACAGUUCUAUAAAGACCUGUUUAAGGAAACUUCGACCCUGCAGCAAAUUGUUGCAAACAUUGUUAUCCCCAACAUGACCAUCCGCGAAAGUGACGAGGAAAAUUUCGAGGACAAUCCUCAGGAAUAUAUUAUGACGGAACUUGAAGGAUCCUCCACCGAUUCUCGACGCAGGGGUAGUCGUGAACUCUUGGGGGCUAUGUGUCGUCAAUUUGAAGCGCAAACAACCAGCAUUUGUUCAGAACAUAUGACGAAAAUGUUGGCAGAUUACGGUGCCGACAAGAGCAAGUGGGUCGCCAAGGAUACGGCAGUAAGUUUCCUCACGGAAAAAAUUUCAGCAUGAUGUGUUUGCGUUUCUAGUAUGUUAAUUUGCAACUAAUGUGGGAAUCAUGAUUUGUUGCUCUUUUGAAGAUUUCGCUGAUGCUGGGAAUUGUAAUUAAGAAGCAAAGUUCAA